AUGCAAUUCACCACCUUCUUCGCUCUCUUCGCCUCUCUGGCCGUUGCCGCGCCUGCUACUGAGGUCGUCGAGCGUGAUGGUAUCAACGGCCCUUGCUCUGCCGGUGUUACCAACAACAUCCCCCAGUGCUGCGGUGCUGGCAUCCUCGACCUUCUCUACCUGGACUGCGAGACUCCUCGACAGAGUUCCUCUGUCCUCAACCCAUUGAAGAACAUCUGCGCCGCGGCCGGUCUCCAGGCCAAGUGCUGCACCCUUGGCAUUGCCGGUCUCGGUGUUUUGUGCCAGGAUGCUCUUCCCCAGUAA